AUGCACUUUGACGAACGCCCGGCAUGUUUUCGCAAUUUUCUACAUGAAAUUGUCUUCGUUGGUGUAAUUUCUUGUGCACAAUUACUUUGUCAAGCAGCACUAGGCAACAUACUUGUUCCUCUUCAUAUUAUCGGCCCUGAUGUUGGUAUUGACGAUCCGGCUAAAUUGCCAUGGACAUUAGCAUCUUAUUCACUUACUGUUGGGAUAUUUAUUAUGGUCACCGGUAGACUGGGUGAUAUUCAUGGACACAAAUUAUUGUUAGUUAUUGGGUUUGUAAUCUUUUCAGUCUUCAGCGUGUUCACCGGGAUGGGAACCUAUGUGAAAAACGAUGUUUAUUUCAAUAUUAUGAGAGCAUUGCAAGGAAUCGGUCCUGCAACACUCCUACCGAAUGGUGUUGCUCUACUUGCGAGAACCUAUCCCUCCGGGAAGAGAAAAUCGUUUGUCUUCGCAAUGUUUGGGGCAACAGCACCUUUGGGAUUCAUUCUCGGUGCUUUGUUUGCAAGUAUCUUCGCUCAAUUAUUGUGGUGGCCUUGGGGUCAAUGGGUACUUGCAUUCUUUUGUGCAUUUCUUGCUAUUUUAUCUUCGUAUGUUGUACCUGAAGAAGUGUCGCCAGCUGUUCAUCCAACUGGAAAAACGGAUAUUCCCGGUGCAAUUGUUGGAUUAUCUGGUUUAACGUUGUUUAUCUACUGUUGGAAUCAAGGGCCGGUGACUGGAUGGGAUAAACCUUAUGUGUAUGCUUUAUUAAUUGUUAGCGUUUUGAUUAUCGGCUUGUUUAUUUUUAUCGAAAUGAAAACAGAAGAACCAAUCAUGCCACUAUCUAUUUGGCUUGUGAAGGGAUUUCCAGGUGUUCUAGCCUGUAUCGCAUUGGGAUGGUCUAGUUUUGGUAUAUUUAUCUAUUACAUCGUACAAUUUCUACAAGUCAUUCGUGGUGCAUCUCCAUUACUAACCACUGCAAUGUUGUCACCAGUUAUACCGGCUGGUCUAUCAGCAACAUUAUCUGUGUCUCAAUUAUACGGUCGGAUACCUGCACAUUUCCUUCUAAUGGCGUCCAUGGUUUUCUUCUGUAUUGGCAAUGUUCUCAUAGGAACAAUGCCAGCCGAUCAAACAUAUUGGGCACAAGUAUUCGUAUCAACAUUACUAACACCAUUCGGUAUGGAUAUUAGCUUUCCUGCGGCAUCGCUCAUUGUCAGUAAUACAAUGCCAGUACAUCAACAAGGCGUUGCUGCAAGUAUGGUUAAUACUGCUAUUAACUGGUCGAUUUCUCUCGGGCUAGGUAUUGCUGGAACGGUUGAAAGUGAAUUGUUGAAAAAGGGAGCAUCUGUAUUGGAAGGUUUUCGUGGUGGCUUAUAUGUCGGUAUGGGGCUUAGUGGUGCAGGAAUUAUCGUUGCACUUCUCUUUUGUCGUGUACCACUAGCGCCAGAAACAGCAUCGAGCGAUCAUCAAAGAAAAUCAUCAGUUAUGAACACAAUCUCGAAAACAACCGCAUCGGAUGUUAUUAUUGACACAGAAAGUAUCCAAGGUGAAGGACUUCAAGGGGAAUUUCCGAUUAUACAUCGUCUCUAA